CUCGGCGGCCAUUGUGUUCCGGGGGCCAGGACCUCCACCGCCACCGCCACCGCCACCGCAGCAGCAGCAGCUUCCUCUUUGUGCCAUCAUCGCGGCGCCCGAAAGAUGGAAGAAGGAGGAGAAUAUCGAGCAAUAAUAUUGGGCAAGGCGGUGGGCGAUCACUAUCGGCCCGUCCUCGGCGUCCUCCCCGCGGUAUAAAGGGCGCUGCGGCGGUGGGAGGGGCCAUUUCCAGUUCGGCGUCCCGGCAGUGAGCGGGUCAGGACACUGCCCACCCCCUGCACCGCGACGGCGCUGCACCAACAUGGCGUCUGCUCUGUGUCUGGCGACGGUGGUGGCGGUGCUCUGCGCGACUGCGUUGCCCGGAGAGACCAAGCAGACCCUGACGCUGGACGAGCAGGAGCGCGGGCUCAGCGCAGGGGCCUCAGCCAAGGGGGCCGGCAGCUGGGGCGCGCGCGUGCAGGAGCGUGACAAGAAGCAGGCCGGUCUCCCUCUGACGGGCAGCGCCGCCAACGUGGUUCGGUACCCGACAACCUCCUCCAGUGCUACGUUCACUGGCGUCAACCAGCAGCAACAACUCCAGCAGCUGCAGCAGCAGCAGCUACAGCAGCAACAGCUACAGCAACAGCAACAGCUUCAGCAACAGCAGCAGCUUCAGCAGCAGCAGCAGAUUCAGCAACAACAGCAGGUUCAGCAACAGCAGGCGGCGGGAUUUGCUGGGCAAGGCCAGGGUGUCAACGCCGCACAGCAGGGGCAGCUUGGGGUUGGGGGCCAGGGCCAGGCCCUCGGGCAGGCCUUCAACCCUGUGUACAACCCGAACUACCCGUCCGCCAACGCCAUCUUCCCCGUGCAGAACAACAACCCGGCGGGUAGCUACGCUGCUCUGGCCGGAGGUGCGGGAAGCUUUCCCAACCUGCAAACGACAGGCCCGGGGAGCUACUACGGUCAGGGAUUCCAGAUCAACCCCGCGUACCAGACACCCGGCCAGCUGCAGCUGCAGGCUCAGCCACAGGGCUACAUCGGUCAAAAUGCAGCCUACUCGAACAUCGGGUACCCGGCGGGCCCCGCGGCAGUGCAGGUCAACGGCUACCAGGCGGCGUCGCCCGUGCCGGUCAGUGGUCCCGGCGUCCCGGCGUUCCCCGGCGCAGGCCCGACGCCUUUUGGCGUCCCCAAUCCCUACGCGCAGGCGGCGGGCACAGCGCCGUACUUCCCCGGGGCCGUGACGACGCACGGUGUGUACCCGGUGGCUUACGGCACCUACACGUCGGUGUACCACCCGGCCGCGCCCAGCGCCGCGGCCGCCGCCACCAACCCGGCGUACGGCCCCACCGUGGUCCACACGGCCGGACCUGCCACCGCCUACCAGCAGGCCGCCGUGUAUCCGGGCAACAACAACGGGCCGUACGCGAGCACGGGCAACGCCGCGCAGUACCCUGGCCAGGGCCUCGGACAGGGCCUCGGACAGAGCCUCGGGCAGGGCGGCGUGCCCUACACCUCCUACGGCGCGGGCCUCGCAGCGGGCCGGCUGCAGCAGCAGCAGCCUGGGUACAGCUACCAGGCCGUGCGGGGCUUCGCCAACUUCCCGUCGUAUCCCGGCGGGCCGGCGGGAGUUGGGAGCCUGAACGCUGGCCUACAGCAGCAGCAGCAACAGCAACAGCAGCAGCAGCAGCAGGGCGCCGUCCAGGGCCUCGCGCAGACCGUCCAGGCCGCACCUACCUUCACGCCGUCGACGUUUGGCGUGACGUCGGGUGCGCAGGCGCUGCUCAGCCAGGCCCUGGCGCAGGCGGGCGCCGCCCCGAAGGACCCCCAACGGACGCAGCAACGAAGUGACGAGAAGCGGGACGCCGAUGAGGACGCCGACGAAGAUCUGAGCCGCUAGCCCACGUCUCCGUCUAACCUGCCACCAGCAGCAUGCGCGUGUACUUGAUUCAGACUGACGUGAUGAUGUUUUCGAUAAAAGAGGGGAAAAAAUGA